UUGUGUGGAGGAUCAUCAGACUCAUGGUUUAGAGCGACGGAUCGCAGGCCAGUGUUCAGGAGGAGGACAGAAAAUACUACACAACCCUGUUUGUUGACUAGGCAAGUGGGCACUGGAACCAUGGAAAACGGCAAGUCAGAUGAACAAGACCAGGAAAUGGAGGAGGCCAACCUGGAGAUUGCUCAGCUGCAGGCCUUGGUGGUGGAGCUGCGUACGGGGCUGCAGGGAGUGUUACAGGACGUGUCUGUGCUGCAGCAGAGGGGCAGAGGUCUGGAGGAGAGGGCUCAGGGCCAGCAGAGCGAAGUGGAUGACAGGAUCAUGGGAAUCAGGAACUCUCUCAACACAUUUAAGGAGGACCUGAGCGGUGCUUUAUCCCAGAUCAAAGAGGUUACCAGCAGACAGAAAGAGCUACAGAAAGGCCUGGAGCUCCUCCAAUCAGAGACCGGCAGAGAGAUCCUGUCCGUUCAACAGAGGAAAAGCUCCAAAGGGGACUGCAUUGGGGAGGGCCAUGGGUGUCUCUCCAACCAGACAGAGCUCAAUGUCAUCCAGCAUUACUUUGCCAGCCUGCCCAGCUGCUCUCCACAGAUGAGCACAGCCUCCACACAGACCUCUAACUCAGAGCAGGACGCAGCCAGUGGCCAGCCCCAGAGAGCUCAGUCUCAGUCUCCAGUGUGGAGAGAAAGGAAAGAGAGCCGAGACGAUACGGAUGCACAGAGCGUCCCAGAGAACGGUAAGAGGCAGGUUGCUGCCCUGGAGCUGUUGGAGUCAGAAAGGGUCUAUGUGUCAUACCUGUCUCUACUGCUGAAAGCCAACAUCACCUUCAACAGCUCAGAGGCCCUCCACACCAAAGACAAACGGCCGUUCCCCAGUUCUCUACGCUUCCUCAUCCAGCAACACCUGGAGCUUCUCCACACCCUGCAGGAGAGGGUCCUCAAGUGCCAGUGGCAGGGCAUCAUGGGAGAUGUAUUCAUGAGGCUCACCAGCAAAGAGAGUGAUUUCCUGGAUUUCUACGUGUCGUAUCUUAAGGAGCUGCCUGAAUGUCUGUCUGUGGUCAGCAUGUUGACCACCACCUCACUAAAAGCUGCCGGCCUGUUUGAGGGUGACAUCAUGGGGGACGAGACACACCCCUCUCUCCACACUCUGCUCCUCCAGCCAGUACAGAGGAUCCCUGAGUACCUUCUGCUGCUGCAGACCCUGUUGAAGCAGACGGAUGCAGAGCACCCUGACUACUACCUGCUGCUGCUGUGCAUCCAGCAGUUCAGUGCCUUCACUGCCCAGUACGCCCACCUACUGCAGCACAACCAAGAGCUGCUCCUGCACAACCGCAAGGAGCUCAAGAGGUCAGCAUCUGAUCCAGGCUCAGAUUUGGUGUUUUGGUCAACUAUGAAGCAGUUCUUCAAAAACGUGGACUGUGGUAACGUUAUGCAAGCCAAUGAGAUGGGUUCUCCUUACCCCAGCAGCAAUGCAAUACUCCUCCCCCUCUCCCCUCACAGAGAGCAUGCCAACCAGGUGAAACGCAGCAAGCAGAGGCUCCUGGAGCAGAUCCAGUCUAGACGCUUUCAGGACUGGGAGAGCGAGGCCCACCACUCUGACUCUGCCAUCCCGUUUUUCUCCCCUGACACCGACCCUCGCCUCAAACCCCCAUGCCUGCAGAGCAUUCCUGAGAUCGGGUCAUCAGAGCGGCUGCCCGGCAAACGGCUGCCCCCAGGCUCAGCCAUGGCCGAUGCCCUGGGGGAGUUCCUUCUCCCUGGGGAUGCCCCGGGCUUGGAGGGGCUGUAUGAGGACACAAACUCAUCUCUUCACAACAUGUCCAUGUUUGACCAAUGCUCCAGUGCUUCCUCUGACUCUAGCAUCGACAUUGCCUUUGUGCGCUACCCCAAGAGCCACCAGGCCAUCCGUGAGGUCUACAACAGGGGCAGCCGGGAGAGUGGGUACAAGCAGCUGCCUGGUCGGGGGUGCGUGUCUCCAGAUGAGGCCGGAAUGAUGCGAGUUCACCACCACCGCCCCCUGCAGGCCGAUCAGCGUAAGAGCAAGUCCCUGAACGGGUUGCAGCUGGACAGCACUGUGAGUGGGGAUAGUGGCCCCGGACAUCUCUCUGGCCACCUAAGGGGCCACGGGGCCCACCAACACACCAAGCUGGAGAGGCAGUCCAGUAAUAAAUAUCACCCACGCAGCAGCAAGAGCCAGAGCAGCAACAACAGCCCCAUCAGCCCCCCGCAGCAAAAGGCAGAGCCAGAGAGACAGAUAGGAGUCACUGAAGAGGAGCUACAUAACCACCACAACAAGGACUCUGGGAGCCUACCCUGGGGGGAGGAGCCAAGAUGGAAGGCUGAGGGGAAUAACCACACCCCCUUCAGUGAGAGGAGCCGGAAACAGGAGAAGGGAGGUUUCAGGAGCUCCUUCAAGAAGCUCUUCAAGAAAAAGUCGGGUGGAGGAGAGAAAGACAAGGACAAAGAGAAGCCAGAAAGCCAGAACUCCAGUGAGGCAGGCAAUACCCCAGGAGUCGCCCACCUAGGAAUCGACCGUGGGACUGCUGUGUGAAGUGUGACUAGAACCGCACUACAAAUUAAGUGGUCUGAGAAAGGCUUCAAAUAGGUGCCUUGAUAACGCACACACACUUCUAAGCUAAAUGACAGGCUAUAUAGACACACAUACACUGCAAUGCAAUAUGAAACAUGCUGGAAAAGCAGAUCAGACUGACAUACUUCUUUCCUAUAUAGCUACUGUAAAAAUACUGUAUAGGUUAUAUACGGUUAUAUACAAUACUGUAAAAGUAUUUGUUUUUGAAUUAGUACUAGUUUUUCCAUUUUAGAGGUCUCCUCAAUAUCCAUGGAGAUAAUAUAUUUUGUAUAAUACUGUAUACUCAUGAACUGCAAUAAUGUAGGUAAAGAUCUAUAAUUUGCCAUCAAGAUGAUUGGAAUAAAUAUCUCCCCCUCAAACCAAAAUAAAAUGUUGAUUUUUAAUGUGAAGUUAUUUUUUAUAUUUUUUAUAAAUGAAAUUGUGACAAGACAAUUAAACAACAUAAGAAAAGUCCACGUUGUAAUCAAUAGUCGCUAUACCACAUGUUAACCAACCAAUAACGUAUUUCUGAAAAACUCACAAAUCAUAUUGCCUGCUUAGCAAUUACUUCCCUUUGAAAAAUAUAGGUACUUAUCUACAAUGCUUGCAAACCAUAAAAUGUGAAACAGAUUCAACAUUUCCAUCAUAUUUCUGUACGACAGACAACAAACAGCCUUCAGUUCCUUCUUUUAAUGUGUUAACCAGUUUCAGAAAUCUGUUACACAUUUGAAACAAAAUAUAGGCAAUUAUACAGUAUGUAAAACCAACCGAUUUUAUUUUACAGUAUAUACAUGUAAUAAUGUGCAUUGCAAUAUGAAAAUGAUAAUGCAGCAUAAAGGAAGUUAGUUUGUCCAUAAUCAUUACACAUGUUUACUGUGUAAAUUUAAACCAACAUGAAUUUUGUAGUGUUUGAACUUGUUUCCUUCUACACAACUCGUUUCCUUUUGUUCUAACACGAGGUAGAGACACCCAACAAAUUUUGGCCAUAAAUUGAGAACACAUUUUGGCAUGACAUAAAAACAUGUAACAUUCCUAUUUUUCAAACAUCUUCACUGAGCCCUACAGUAAGGAAUGUUUAGUUCUGGCCAUUUGACUAUAGUGUAUAUGAUCGAUAUUGACAUUGAGAAUUACAACAUGAUGAAACCCUGGUGAUUAAAACAACAGCAUCACUGGAGCCUGUUUUGGUAUUUCACCUUUGACAUUUCACCCUCCACGAUCUCAAAGUAUUUCAAAACAAGUUCAGUGAGUGUUCUAAAAUAACUUGACUUAUCUAAUGUAACCCCCGUGUCACAGCUUGUGAGAACAUAUGCAUGUUUAAGUUUACACACACACAUACAGUUACAUACAACGUCACAUUUCUUUUUUUAAAUAUCUUUUUGUGCAGAUUUUAACACCAGUGAUUCCACAGUAUUAAAAAAGCAUACAACUAAGCUUAGAAGUAAGCCUGCAAUUAAAACCGUUUGAAAUGAAUGUUCACCUCAUAGAGUUACAAGUGGAAGCUAAGAAUGAAACUGUAGAUCUCCCAUUAGACAUUUCUCAAAGCAAACCAGAAAGGAAGUUCCCACAUUUGGGCUGACGAUGCGUGCAGAAUGACAUUACCAGUAUAGUGGUACUUCCUUGUUGCUCAGACUUAGCCAAACCUCAGAGAGGGGGCUUCAAAUCCUGUCCCUGAUCACAUGAUCAAAAAACAGGAAGUCCUUUUUAGUGCUCAAACUGUCCCGCCCCCCCGCACCACCCCGUAAAAUCUUUAUAACUGUACAGAAUACCUAUGCACACGUAUCUACAUGACCAGUCUUUAGUGUACAACCCCAGAGUAGCCAGGGUACCUUUCUGCAAAAAAAUACUACAUUUAUAUUUACAACAAUUAAAUACAGGUCAAUUAAGCACUUGUGUGGUGUGAGCUGAGAUGCUAGCAGUGGUUGAAAUCAUAUAGAAGUCAUCCAGGUGUUUGUUACCUGCCACAAUAAAUAAAGGUGUUAAAGGAAGUAAAAGGCCAUUUGGAAGCGGACGCUUGAAGGAUCUGUCUUCUGUGAAGCUAAAGCAGUAGUGUCUAUAGUCUGUCUAUAGUGUG